CUGAUCAAUAAUUGAACAUCUUUCUAUCAAGCCUAAGGGCCAAAUUACAUUCAUUCUUCUGUGGAUACACAAAGAGGGAUGCCAGGUACCUCCAACCCCAUGCAGGAGGUAGCUGUACUUGAGCUGCAGACGCUAAAAAGAGCAAAGGAGGGAGUGGCCAGCACUGUCAGGGAGGUGUAUUUGGGACCAUGGGCUGGCCACCACCACCCCACACACCCACCAGCCAGGGGCCUCAAGGGAACAGGAAGUGAGUGUAGAUUGCAUCUUUCCCUCACUUCAUAUUAAGUGCUCUCUGCAUGGCGUAUUACCCCCUUCCUUCUCGGCUCCUACAUGAUGACCCCCUGGCUGGGUUCUCGGGAGGAAUUGAAUCAAGGAGUUCUGGAGAGAAAAGUACCAUCUGUGCCAUUCAUCACUUCCCUGCAGAAGCAGCAGAGCCAGGUGGACCAUUCUGGAUCUCCCCUCUGGCUGUGGGCUGGAUCCCAGAGCCCAAUACGCUUAAGGGAAAGACUUCACUCCCUGAGCUCUGGGAUUACCCUUAGCCCUGCCCCAGAGAGCCUCCAGCAAGCCCUAGCCUCCUGCUCAGCCCAAACUGCCAGCAGGUUGCGGUGGGGAUCCUACAGACCUGGCUGCACAAUCCUAAAGGCCCAGAGAUGACUAUGUAGGUAAACAUGGCACCAGUAAGCCGCUGAUUUAUCUUUGUUGAUUUGCAGAGGGGCUGAGCACUCCCGGUGCCGGUCAGGUCAUGAGCUCACCCAGGACCAUGGGCACUGGCCUUGGCAAAGGAGUUGUCCCUUAUUCAUGUCCCAAAGGUGCCAGGGCUCCUUAGCUUCUCCCUGGACAGUCACUAGAAACCACCCAAAGGAAGGUUUUGAUGUGAGGCCCCAUCCAACAUCUGGCAGUCCAGCUUUCCCCUGGGGGAGCAUUUUCAUCCUGAAGUGCCUGGUGUUGGAUUUCCCCUGGGGGACCCCCCCCCCACACACACAAUUCUGGCAGGGGGUCAGCCCAGGCACGUUCUGAACCCUCCUCAAAUUUCCCCUGGCCUGUCGUGACAUCUUGAAAAAUACCUUGGGAGGGAUAAAGAGCCUGGCAGGGUGCAGCGAGCCGGGCGGGACGGAGUGCCAACGGACAUGGGCUGGCACAUCCCAUGCCAGCACUCCAGGGCAUUAGGGAAAGCAGGAGACUAUCUGCUGAUUCUCUCCUGAGAAGGUCACAUUGGGCUGCGUGGAUUUAAACCAGCUGAGGAUCUAGCCCAUUCUAUCUGCUGGUGGCCUCUCUUAGUCUGGCUGUGGAUGGAGCUGGCUUGGGAAAGUCGGUGGGUCUGUUUUUCACUCUAGCCUCUGAUCUCCCUGGGCCGGUCCCUCCAGAGAUCCCCGCUGCCUUUUCCCCAGGGGGAUCAUUACAUUUCCAUCCCUCCCUGGAGUGUGGCCAGGCUUAAUUCAUUGGGGUAACGUGCUAGGAGAUCCCCAGAUGGGCCCGGGGUGUAAACUCUCCAGCUGCCUAGAGGUGGAUGAGGGUGGAUAGGGGCGGGCUGGACUGAUCCAUACAAGGCGCGCUGUGAGGCGGGGCGGGAAGGGUUAACCAGCUCGGAGGAGAGGCGAGAGGGGCUGAGCCUGGAAAGGCAGGAGCCGCGUAUAAAAAGCAACAAGCAGCCGGCGGCACUGGAUCAACCCAGCCCCAAAACGGGGCUGUGCCGCCGCCCGCGGGUCUCUGAGCGGCCCCCACCCCAGACGCAGCUGCCACCUGCAGCGCUCCCUCGCUGGCGCCCUGCCGGGGAAGGUGGCGAGCACGGAGACGGAGCAACAGAUCUGCCUGCCCCAGCCCCGGGAAGCCAGCGCCUGCUGGGGGAUGCAAGAGGACACUUUGGGUGUGAGGAAGCUGCAGCUGCCACAGGCCAGCCCAGUCCCCCCCCCCCACCCUCCACCGCCGCCCCCGGAUCGCCUCCUUCCCGUCCUCCCUCCCGCCGAGCCCAAAAGCGAGCGUGAGCUGGCAGCGAGCGAGAAACAAGCGGCUCCUGGAUCCCACCCAGCGAGCUCGUCUCGGGGCUGGAAAAAACCCAACCCCUAGCCGCGGAGACAGAGACAGGCAGAGCCCGGGCAAGUCCCCCGGUCCUAGCCAGUGUGUUUACAUCCCCUCCGCCUGCAACUGACCCAGAUCCCAGAGACUCCCAAGCCAGCCCUCGGCUCUCUUCUCUCCCCGAAGCGCACCUGGAAGGGAAAUCCCGCCGGGCUGGGGCAGGGCGUGUUUCCCCCCUCGGCAUCAAGCCAGGAUCCCGGUGCUGUCUGCUGGGCAGCGGGUUCUAUGGAGUGUCUGACAGCGGAUGAAAGGGGAAUAGAAGAAACCAAAGCCAGCCGUUCUUGUUGGUUCUUAAGCCUGUCUUGGAGGGGAGUAUAAACAUAGGGAACCAACUCUUCUAAAUAUAGCCAGGAUCAGGUAUCUACUCAUCUUGUGUAUGAGAGAGAGAGAGAGAGAUCUUCCUGGAGCACAGAUCUGAAUCACUUUCCUUCCGGCUCUUCCAAACUUUCAGAUCGAUCUUAAAGCAGAGCAAAGCUCUCCCAUCUUUUCCCAAAGACUCGGAUUUUUGGAUUGAUUGAUUUUUGCCAUCGCCAGCAAAGAGAGGAAGACAGACGCUGCUGCUGUUGUUGAAAUCUCCCUGCCUCUUUCUUCCUCGGAUUUAUUUUUGUGGCUUUCCCAACAGCCACAUCUAUUUGUUCCCCUAAUCAAAGUGCCUUUGCCACUACUUUCCAGCUUGCAGCCCGGUGGCACGAGCUUCUGUCACUGUUCGUCUCUUCCCGGUGGGGAUUUCCUCGUUCCUGCUUCCUGGUGUUUGGAGCAAGGGCACCAGGCCUUCGUAUUGCCCCCUUCCUUCUCUCCAAAGCAGCCACCUGCACUCAGUCUCCACCUGCAGAGAGAGGUCCAUGAGGCAGCCGAAGGGCAGAGCUGUCUGAGGUUGGGGAGAGAGAAAUCUGAGUUCCCCUUCCUUCCCAGCUCCUUGCUCAAGGAAGGGUGUUUAGAGGGCAUUUCCCAUCCACCUAAAUCUAUGAUCAGCUCGGUGUGUGUCUCAUCGUACCGUGGACGCAAGUCUGGGAACAAACCACCCUCCAAAACAUGCCUGAAGGAAGAGAUGGCCAAAGGGGAAGAGUCGGACAAGAUCACCAUCAACGUAGGAGGCACCAGGCAUGAGACCUACAAGAGCACCUUGCGGACGUUGCCCGGCACCCGCCUGGCUUGGCUGGCCGACCCCGACGCCCAGAGCAACUUCGACUUCGACGGCAAGAGCAAUGAGUUCUUCUUCGACCGCCACCCGGGCAUCUUCUCCUACGUGCUCAACUACUACCGCACGGGCAAGCUGCACUGCCCCGCCGACAUCUGCGGGCCCCUCUUCGAGGAGGAGCUGACCUACUGGGGCAUCGAUGAGACCGACGUGGAGCCCUGCUGCUGGAUGACCUACCGGCAGCACCGCGACGCCGAGGAGGCGCUGGACAUCUUCGAGAGCCCCGAGCCUGGGGCGGGGGGAGAGGAGGCGGAGGAGGAGGGGGGCAGGGAGAUGGCCCUUCAGCACCUGGGCAUGGAUGACCGGUCGCCGGGGGCUGCUGGGGCCACAGGAGGGCGAGGAUGCUGCCGCAACUGGCAGCCUAGGAUGUGGGCACUCUUCGAGGAUCCCUACUCGUCCAGGGCAGCAAGGAUAGUUGCCUUCGCCUCGCUCUUCUUCAUCCUGGUCUCCAUCACGACAUUCUGCCUGGAGACACAUGAAGCCUUUAAUAGAAAUGUCAACGUGACUGAGACGAUGGUGGUUGGCAAUACCACAAGGGUUCUGCUGACGAAUAAGGUGGAGACGGAGCCUGUCCUCACCUACAUCGAGGGGGUGUGCGUCCUGUGGUUCACUCUGGAGUUCCUGGUGCGCAUCAUUUGUUGCCCAGAUAAGCUGCUCUUCAUCAAGAACCUGCUCAACAUCAUUGACUUUGUGGCCAUCUUGCCCUUCUAUCUGGAGGUAGGCCUCAGUGGCCUGUCCUCCAAGGCUGCCCGGGACGUGCUGGGCUUCCUGAGGGUGGUCCGUUUCGUCCGGAUCCUCCGGAUCUUCAAGCUGACACGGCACUUUGUGGGGCUCCGGGUGCUAGGCCACACACUCCGGGCCAGCACCAAUGAGUUCUUGCUCCUCAUCAUCUUUCUGGCCUUGGGGGUCUUGAUCUUUGCUACAAUGAUCUACUAUGCCGAGCGGAUUGGGGCCAAGCCAUCCGACCCCAGCGGCAGCGGCCACACUCACUUUAAGAACAUCCCCAUUGGGUUCUGGUGGGCGGUGGUCACCAUGACAACAUUGGGCUAUGGUGACAUGUACCCCAAGACCUGGUCCGGCAUGCUGGUGGGGGCGCUGUGUGCCCUGGCCGGGGUACUCACCAUCGCCAUGCCGGUGCCUGUCAUCGUCAACAACUUUGGAAUGUAUUACUCACUAGCUAUGGCCAAGCAGAAGCUCCCAAAGAAGAAGAAAAAGCAUAUACCCCGUCCAGCCCCACUGGACUCCCCCACAUAUUGCAAGUCCGAGGACAACUCGCCCCGCAACAGCACACAGAGUGACACCUGCCCCCUGGCAGCGGAGGAGGUGGUGGUGGAGAGAAAGCGAUCAGACUCCAAGCAUGUAAACAGGCGAUGCACAACACUAUUGCUGUCGGACGAGGAGCAGCCCGCAGCCCCCCCUCGUCCGUCUGCACGAGGAGAAGCGGCCGAUGAGGCACUCCAGCACCAGGGACAAAAACCAAAGGAAAAGCGGCCACCUGCUUUCUGCUGAAUGCCGGCGAUUUCGCUCCUGCGCGUGGCCGACAAGCGGCAUCCGGAAAGGUACAGGACUGUCGAAUCCCCUGUGACUCCCUUGGAAGAUGGGAUUUGCUCAGACCAUUUGCCGGGUCUAAAUGUACCCAGGGCAGGCAGGCGAGGGAAGAGGGGGACGAGACCGGAUUCCCCCGCCGCGCUGUAACCUUGCUUGUUGUGCACGUGUCUGACGUAUACCAUGGUCCCCGCCCUGCCCCACUGACGAUGCCAUUAACGACUCCCGUGCUGUCUGUUCCGAUGCCCCCUCUCGCUCCCCUCCAUUUGUUGACUGACCCGUUGGCUGGCGUGAUUGCUGUAGUAACUUAGACGGCGCCCAGAUCUCGCCGCAGACGACCAUCAUGGGGUGUCAGCUGCUCAUCACGGGCGCCCUGUCGCAGGCACCAUCUGUGCUCUCACCGUGUCCAUCCGCCGAGCGGUAGCUGUGGACUAUUAUUUUUAGACUCUGUGACGUUUGCUCCGGCCUCCUCCACUGUACAGAUGCCCUCUCUAGAAGAGGCAGCUCCUGGGAUUGGUUUGGGACCCAUUGGAUGAUGGCUCCUGAGGUGCAUGGGGGUGGGGGGAAAAAGCCUCCAAGAAGUCCAAGUGGCAAUACUAGAGUAGCCAAUGACUGAGUGCAAUAGCAGAGACCAGGUGGACCGGCUGGCCUGAUAUGGCCAGCUUCUUUCUAAUGCUGUUACAUAUCUCUGUGACCACGGCAAUACUAAUCCCAUUACCUUAUAUGCUGUACACAUGCCUCUUCCUGUCAAGCAGUACUAGAGUUUUAAUAAAGAGAUCUGGGAGCUGAAA